AUGGGUCUCCGACCAGCUGCAAAUCUCCCUCUCUCUAUCACGCUUCAUCUGCCAUGUAUUUUGAUCUCAAUGAGCCAGCGCGACUCCAUGGGGGGUCGAUGGCAACCUAGGCAUCAUGUUACUAGUUCUACAGCCUCAGCAGGAGAGCCCUCUACCUCAAUACCUAAGUCUCCUGCUCAGGCUCAGGAUCCGAAUUCUGCGCCUCUUCCCUCUCCUUCUCCUCCUUCUGGAUCUAUAUCACAAUCGGUUUUGACUCGGGACUUAAUAACCGAGCAUGGAAGUUACCUUGAUGUGCAAGCAAGUGUGGGCAUGCUGGAGCACACUUUGACAAUUGAUAUGCUCAAUUACAUUGUCGUCGUGGUGACUCUCUUCAUGAAAGAAGACUUAGAGGAACGCAUCUAG